CUUCAUCCAAUCAUUCGUCGUCUUGAUCGGUGUCCAGCUAGCCAGCCAGACCAGACGGUUAAGCCUACAGGCAAGUACGUUAUUACGGGAGGUUUUAUGCCGUACCAGACACAGGACGGGAAAAAAUACGAUACAGUGCGGCCGUCGAGGAUUCGCUAAUUAGGAAAACGAACAAAUAAUAGUGCAUUCCAAUUAGGGCGACAAAUAAACUGCGUAAUAAAGUGGAGUCUGGAACGGGUGACUCGAAAUUCCUUUGCGUGAUCCGCGAAAUCUGGAGCUUUGUUUAUGUAAUCUACUAGGCGUAGAACCCGUCAGAUUUAUGACCAUAGGGAUCGGCAGUGGUUCUCGUGAUAAAAUUUGUUAUUUUGUUUUUGAUAACAUCUCGCUGAGUGAUUUUUGCAAGACCGAAACCAAACAGGGCAAGUUCAAGUUCGGUUGACGCAGCCCAGAUAUUUGCUGCACUCUUGGUAGUUCGGAGAUAAGAAGAGUGAAAUCAGAACUUGCGAACCAGACCAGGAGGAACACGGCUUAUCAGCAAGGCGAUUCGAUUCGACGGAACGCAGAAGACGGCAGGAAGAAACCGAUCAACAACAAAAACAGACAAAGGAACAUGGUGGAACAAAUGUUCGAAUACCAAUUUCGACACAUCCUGAUCGGGGACAGCACCGUGGGGAAAUCUUCGCUGCUGAAAUACUUCACCGAUGGCAAAUUUGCAGAGCUAUCGGAUCCGACCGUCGGAGUUGACUUUUUCGCACACCUGAUCGAGGUUUCGGAUGGGACCCGCAUCAAGCUGCAGCUGUGGGACACUGCCGGACAGGAACGGUUCCGUUCCAUCACCAAAUCCUACUACCGGAACUCGGUCGGGGUGCUGCUGGUGUACGACAUCACCAACCACGCCAGCUUCGAGCACAUCCCGCUGUGGAUGAUGGAAGCCAAGCGACACAUCGAGCCACGCCGGCCCGUCUUUGCUCUGGUCGGGUGCAAGCUGGAUCUAGUCAACAGCGGUGUCCAGCAGCGGGAGGUGAGCAUGGAGGAGGCUCGAUCGUUCGCCGAACAGCACGGGCUGAUCUUUGUGGAAACUUCGGCCCGGACCGGGGUCAAUGUGCGGGAAGCAUUUGCAAUGGUCACCCAAGAGGUCUACGAUCGUAUCAAGUCCGGAGAAUACGCGAUCGAGGAUGGCUGGGAAGGCAUUAAGCAUGGAUUCACCCGGCUCAACAACCAAGACUUCAAUCUUGUGGUAGCAGAAUCCGCUCGAAGCUCCUGUUGUUAAUUAUUGUGUUGCGCUGUGAAUGUUUCCUCCAUUCUUUUUUCUUUCUUGUUUUAUCGUAAGCUAACCAAAAACAAAAUAAAACAGUUUACAUUAGUUUACCAAUCAAAAUUUUAUGACAAAAGAUUGCUAUUCAAAAUGAAUAAAAUUAUAAAGAUAUUUUUUGUAGUAAAGAAUAAAAGUAAAGACUCAAAUUACCAUCUAGAGUAACUCUGAAUUUUGGAUUACACGACGCGGAUGCGAUGUGAUAAAUUAUUAGGUGGAAGAAUUGAUCUGAAAAUCGAUGUGGUUAACCCAUAUUGGCAUGGAUGUAUUGUUUGUAGAGUUUUAUCAUUGGGAUAACCCUGCGCGAGUGGAGAUCAAAUGUCAAUCGUCAUUUCUCGGUGCUUUUAUCGCGGUUCAGUUUUUGUUCCAUCGAACGGUUUGCUUUCGGUACACCAACCACUUUCACGUAAUAGUUUAGUUCGAUAUUUUAAAGCAUCUUUCUUGGCUCGGGUAGAAGAGCAACACGCCGUUAUCAGUUCAAUGAUGAUUACUGAGAAACAGAAACGAAUAAACAAUUUUGUAUGUAAAUAGAAUUACAAAUUUCUACUUUAGUGUUUAGUCGAAAUGGAACAAAUAAUUUUAGUGAAACUAUACUGAAAUUGAAAUAAAUUAUGUAAUCUUGAACGGAAUAA